AUACGCAUGUUUGCACUAAAGGAGACUGGCCUCCAAAAUUUGUAUAAGACAUUGACGAACAGUUUUGUAAGUUUUUUAAUAUUUAUUUAUUGCUAAAUGAAGUUGCGGUAAUUUGUUGUUAUCACUGGAGAAAUACAUUAUGAUGCCCGAUAUAUGUUCUAAGAUGUAGCGUUAAAUAUAGUGACAAAUACAACCAGAACCUGAAAAAUAACAAUUAGCCUGGUAUCCUGGGUCGUACUAAAAUCAGUAUUAUCAUUUAAGUAAAGCCUAGUAGGAUAUACUUGGGCACGCAAGGAGUGUCAUGUUGCGCAACAUGUCUCUCAACUAAUACGUAGAAUGUCCCGAGACAUGUCGCGGAACUUUUUGAAGGCCACACUAGUCAGUAGUCAGUGCUUAUAGAAAUGUCUCUCAAAGAGGUUGUGGCGAUUAGUGCUGUGUAUGAUAUAAUGAGAAGGAAGAGGAAUUGAUAUUUUAAGUGAUCUCCGAAUGUCUGACAGAUCUUUUGUGAAUUUUACUCUAAUGUCAACAUCUGAUUUUGAAACGUUAUAACAAAUGAUUGGACCUUCCAUAACCAAACAGGAUACUAUACUAUGGAAUGCUGUUGCCCUUAUAUCGGUAUCAGACUUGCCAUUGCAUUAAGAUACUUGUUGACUAGAGUUUUUUAUGCUUCUUUGUCAUACACUUUUUGAGUGUUGAAACAACUGAUCGGCAGAAUAGUACCAGAAGUUAGUGGUUAGAAGUAUCCCAUAACAGAACACGAUUCUGGUAAAGUUCAAGAAGUAAAAGCACGGUUUAAUUUCCCCACACAAUUGACAUGUUGCAAGUAAAGUUGUACACACAACAAUACCCGGUAACGAAUGACGUCACACUGACGCCGGACACGUGCACUCUCUCUCGGAGAGGGAACAAGCAACAUGUCCCAUGUCACUUACAAUGUUCUGGGUCACUGUGCAAUGUAGCAUCGUCAUGUAGAUUGAGUGUUCCACAUCAUCUUGCGGGACAAAAUGGCCGCUAGUGUAUUUGGGUCUUAGUUUAGUAUAGUUUACGACGGGCUGAUUUCUGCAACCCCACGUCUAUGCUCGUAUUUAGCGAAGGGGCAGGAAUAAUAUGCUUAUUCGAGCCAUGAGAUCUCCACGAAGAAGCUCAACAGUCCUUUGAUGCAACUUCGGGGAGUGAUCUCGACGUGCCGAGAUGUUUAACCCUGUACGUAGUGACCUCUGGACAUUUCAAUAUCACAUGGGCCGCCGUUUCUUCUUCCCCCAGACAUGCCCUGCACAGGGGACUAUCUGUAACACCUAUAGUAAAUAAAUGCUUGUUAAAGUUGCCGUGUCCUGUGAUAGCACUUGUUACUAUCCUGAUCUGCGGCUUGUUCAGUCUCAUUAGAACUUUGGUAAAACGACUGUUUAUUUCAGGCAGGGCCUCCCUAGCUUGUCUACAGUCUACUAAAUUUUUCCAAAGCUGAGCGUGUAGAUUAGUGAAGUGUCAAAUAUCUGUGUCUUAAUUGUACUACAUUCUCCUUCCAUUCCUUCCAUGCAACCCGCACUGCUGCAUAGAUUUUGUUCCUGGUGUCUGUUCUAGUACAUAUUACUUGAAUGACAUUAUUGUGAUUUUCUAUCAAGAAAUUAAAAUGAGAGAAUAGAGUAGAAAGAAUUAUUAUCAUUAUUUUAUAUGUGGUAGAGCCGGGCUGCAGCUAUAUUAUGGUUGUAUCAUGGAUGGGUCGGCUCGACCGGGGUGGUACUACACUUUCACAGAAUGUAGUACCACCCACCACCCUGUGUUUUGUUUCAAUAUCCUCCUACCACAAGCAUUAUCAGUUUACUUAGAGUGAUAAGAGAAGUAUUUGUAAUGUUCUUAGUGAUGAUAGCAAUUUGAAAUUAAUGUAGGUAAUUUAGCUGAUGGAUGUAGGUGGCUUGGAACUGUAGGAGUUUCUUUCUGCCAAGAUAUUAUCCUCUUACCAUUUUCUGGCACCAAGCAGAAGUAUGUGUUCCAGUCUGAAGGACAUCGAGAGCCUGGCUGUGAUGCAUUACAUCUUAGUCCUCAGAGGUAACAUUGCACCUGUAGCCAUUGCUUGAAGUUCAUUUCAGGUGCCCAUGAUGCCCAUUAGUCACUUACUAGAUGGUAAGUUUAUUUGUCAAUUUAAUAUUGUAAAAAAUGAUGUUGACAAAUUAAAAUGUGGUAGCCAAUAAUCUUUAUUACAAACUUAUAUACAGUAGAACGCCGAUUAUCCGAAUUAAUUGGGACCGGGGUCGAUUCGGAUAAUCGAAAAUUCGGAUGAUCGGACAUAGACUGGUAUGUAAUAUAGAAAAACGAACUGUCACACAUAGAAUAAACUUUAUUAAGUUUAUAAAUGGUUUUACACUUUAUAAAGUUUUUUAAAGAGUAAACCCAGUUACACCCAUUUUUUCACUGAACAUUCGCGCCUUUUCACAUAAAAUUGAUCCUGAAAUCGGUUGUCCAAUAGAUCGUUGCUGCAGAAACCACGUAAAAACAGCAUUCUCAAGCUGUUCAUCUUUUACAUUUUUAUUACAUUUCGCGACGAACAUCCAUCACCACUUUUCAACGCGGUCACAAAACUUAAAAUUUUUUCACUGUUAUUUUUAAUAUCAGUUAACCAAGUAUUGUAUAAGUAAUCUUAGUAAUGUUACUUACUGUACUUGGUUAUAAUUUUUUAUAUUAAGCUAGGACCGAUUCGGAUAAUUGGCGAUUCGGUUAAUCGGCGUUCGGAUAAUCGGCGUUCUACUGUAUUUGAAUACUAUUUCAUAUUUAUGAAGAUUUUCAUAUUUUCAGUUGGAUGAGAUUGAGUGGCCAAUAAUUGUCUGUUUCACCUGUCAUGCAAGACUCAUUUGUUGCAGAAGAUUACAACAACAGGCUAUUGAGUCAAAUGUGGUUCUGGAGCAGUUGCUUUCAGGAGAAUCCAUGUCUAUACCAAAACCGCAUAAGGUUAGAGGUGAGAUUAAAUUCACACCAAUUUAUCAUAUAGAUAUCUGGCCUGUAGAGUGUGAUAUAGACAAUGAUUGCAAGGACGAAAUUUUUUGCCUUGAUGCCGUUAAAGUUGAGGAAGAGAUUUUCGAAUAUGAGAAUUCCAAAUUUGAAGAAAAUGAGAAUCAUGAAACAGAACCAUACAUCAUACCGACAAAUCAUUUUUCAAAAGUGUCUGUGAGCAAGAUUAAAUCAAAUUCUACUGAUUGUAACAUAAACGAUGUUUGUAAAGGAAACCUUGAUUUAGAAAGCCCUACUAUUAAAUCAAAGCCUAAAGUCAAAAAAGAUAAUCAACCAAUUAAUAAAAAAGGAAAGCAUCCUGCAAAUAUUAUGAGAAAGAAAAUAUUGAAACAAAAGAGUGUAAAUAUACCUACGAAAAAAACGUCAGGGGCAUCAACAAAAUACAUUUUUCAAUGUUAUGGUUGUAGCAAAAAAUUUUCAACAAAAGACAUUCUCGCCAAACACAUUUCAUACAGUCAUAAGACGCAAAAGAACCAAAAGAACACCACUGCAGUUCGGACACAAGUUGAACAAACUCCAGUACCACAACUAACUGAAAUAUUUAAUUGUGAUAUUUGCGAAUUUAAAACAUCUCAAAAACUUUGCAUUUUGGCACAUCUUAAAGCGCACGUCGCUGAACAAGUGUACUGUUGUAAUAAUUGUGAUUAUAAAACUAUUAAAAAAGAUAGUUUGCAGAGACAUAUGAAAAUACAUACUGGAGAAAAACCUUUUUCGUGUCAUAUCUGUAAAUAUCAAUGUAUUCAUAAAAGUCAUUUGCAAUCACAUAUGAAAAUACACACUGGAGAAAAACCUUUUUCAUGUAAUAUCUGUGAAUAUAAAUGUAUUAAAAAAAGUAAUUUGCAAAAGCAUAUGAAAAUACAUACUGGAGAAAAACCUUUUUCAUGUAAUAUCUGUGAAUAUAAAUGUAUUACAAAAAGUACUUUGCAAAGGCAUAUGAAAAUACAUACUGGAGAAAAACCUUUUUCGUGUAAUAUCUGUAAAUAUCAAUGUAUUCGAAAAAGUGAUUUGCAAUCACAUAUGAAAAUACAUACUGGAGAAAAACCUUUUUCAUGUAAUAUCUGUGAAUAUAAAUGUAUUAAAAAAAGUAAUUUGCAAAAGCAUAUGAAAAUACAUACUGGAGAAAAACCUGUUUCAUGUAAUAUCUGUGAAUAUAAAUGUAUAGAAAAAAGUACUUUGCAAAGGCAUAUGAAAAUACAUACUGGAGAAAAACCUUUUUCGUGUAAUAUCUGUAAAUAUCAAUGUAUUCGAAAAAGUAAUUUGCAAAAGCAUAUGAAAAUACACACUGGAGAAAAACCUUUUUCGUGUCAUAUCUGUAAAUAUAAAUGUAUUCAAAAAAGUCAUUUGCAAAGGCAUAUGAAAACACACACUUGAGCAGAACCUUUUUUGUGAGAGAUCUGGUAAAAUAUGGGCAAUAUUAUGUAAACGUGUUUUAUAUAAAUAUAAAAGUAUACUAGA